AUGGUGCCGCCCGAAAGUGUGGCUGAACGUGAGCGCUUGCUUCUCAUGGCGCGCAAGCUGAUGCGAUUCACCAGCCUGCUGGCGGUGCCGGCGUUGGCGCUGGGCUUGUGGCUCUGGCUGGGUUUCGGCAUCGGCCUGGGUGCGGGCAACGGCUGGAUGCACGCCAAGCUGGUCAUCGUCUUGCUGGCCUUGGCCUAUCACCACACCUGCGGCGUGAUGCUCAAGCGGUUUUCGCAGGGCGCCAACCGCCGCAACCAUGUCUGGUACCGCUGGUUUAACGAGGCGCCCGUGAUCCUGCUGGUGAUCGCGGUGAUCCUGGUGGUCGUCAAACCAUUUUGA